GAGUUGGAAGAUAACUGAAGAUAACCGGAGAGGAUCUGGUCUCGAAAACACCACCCAGUAGGCCAGUACCAAUUGCAAUUUUAUAUUUUGACGGCUCACCCUUUGGGCUUUGUUGACCCCAAAGACGGAAAACGAAAAAUGAAAGAGAAUGCUUACUGUAGUAGACUACUAGUCCUCAGACUUCAGAGAGGAAUGAGGAUUUCAUUACACCCGGAAUCUCGAGUUUCGCUGGUUGCAAAAUGUACCGAAGAUGGCAGUGGAAAUGGAACGCAAUCGUUGUGAUACUCGUUCUCCUCACGCUCCUCACCAUCUUCUACCCAAUCUCUCUCUUCCCAAUCACCUUCACAACAAGCCCACCACGCCCCUCAAAACAGAAGUUCUCUUGUGCUUCACCACAUCACUCUUACCCCUUCUGCAACAAAUCCCUCCCCGUCAAAAACAGAGCCCAGUCCCUCAUCUCCCUAUUGACCAUCCAGGAAAAGGUCCUCCUCCUAUCCAAUAACGCCUCUGCCAUACCCAGGCUCGGCCUGGCUGCUUAUGAGUGGUGGUCCGAGUCCCUCCACGGCAUAGCUUCAAACGGCCCCGGUGUCUCUUUCAGUGACCCGGUUAGAGCUGCGACUGCAUUCCCUCAGGUUUUGCUUACCGCGGCUUCUUUUAAUAGAAGUUUGUGGUUUUUGGUUGGGCGGGCUAUUGGGGUUGAAGGGAGGGCCAUGUACAAUGAGGGUCAGGCUGGGUUGACUUUUUGGGGACCGAACAUUAAUAUAUUCAGGGACCCCAGAUGGGGGAGAGGGCAAGAGACGCCGGGCGAGGAUCCAAUGGUAGCGAGUGCUUAUGCUGUUGAAUAUGUAAAGGGGUUGCAGGGGGAGGAGCUGGGUGAUGGGGAUGGUGGGUUCAUGGUAUCUGCUUGUUGCAAGCAUUACACUGCUUAUGAUUUGGAGAAUUGGGGGGAUUUUAAGAGCUUUAGCUUCAAUGCAAUGGUCUCUAAGCAAGAUAUGGAGGAUACAUACCAGCCUCCAUUUCAGAGCUGCGUUGAAGAAGGCAGAGCUACCUGUUUGAUGUGUUCAUAUAGCCGGGUCAAUGGAGUGCCUUCAUGUGCACAUCAUGAUCUCCUACAGAAAGUUCGGAGGGAAUGGGGCUUUAAAGGAUACAUCACAUCUGACUGUGAUGCUGUUGCUGUAAUGUUUGAAGAUCAUAAAUAUGCAAAGGCUCCUGAAGAUGCGGUUGCUGAUGUUAUUAAAGCAGGAAUGGAUAUAAAUUGUGGCACGUAUUUGUUGCGGUAUACCCAGUUGGCGCUUGCACAAGGGAAAAUUCAGGAGGAGGACAUAAACCGAGCUCUAUCAAAUUUGUUUUCUGUUCAACUUCUUCUUGGCCUUUUCAAUGGAGACCCUGUUGAGGGACACUUUGGAAGUUUGGGAAGGGAAGAUGUAUGCACUCUGGGGCACAGGGAAUUGGCCCUAGAUGCUGCGAGGCAGGGAAUGGUGCUUUUAAAGAACAAGAAUAAUUUAUUGCCAUUAAAUCGAAUGGAUAUCACCUCCUUGGCCAUUAUUGGCCCUUCAGCAAAUGAUUCCAGCCGACUGGGUGGUGACUAUACAGGUGUACCAUGCAAUCCGAGAAGCCUUUUUGAGGGACUGCAACCUUACAUCAAAACUAUCUAUGCUAGUGGUUGUGGUGACACUCAAUGCAAUUCCAGUGAUGGGUUUGUAGAAGCUGUUCGAAUUUCCAGAGAAGCUGAUGCAGUAGUUGUAGUUGCUGGGCUUGAUCUGUCCCAAGAAGAUGAAGGACUUGACAGGGUGAGCCUUCUCUUGCCUGGUAGACAGAUGGAUCUCAUCUCUGCAGUUUCUUCUGCAAGUGAAAAGCCUAUUGUCUUGAUCCUACUUGGCGGUGGACCAAUUGAUGUAUCCUUUGCUAAAGUAAACCCACAAAUCGGAAGCAUUCUCUGGAUUGGAUACCCAGGUGAGGCUGGUGGGCAAGCGGUUGCAGAAAUUAUCUUUGGAGAGUUUAAUCCAGGUGGAUGCCUGCCAAUCACUUGGUAUCCUGAAUCAUUUACCAGUGUGCCGAUGAACGACAUGAGCUUGCGGCCGGACCCUUCACAAGGCUAUCCGGGACGAACAUAUCGGUUCUAUACUGGAGAGGUGGUAUAUGAAUUUGGAUAUGGGUUGAGUUAUUCCAAUUACAGUUAUAAAUAUACGUUGGUGCUGGACAAAAUAAUUGUAUCAAGUGCUCCUAGCAAGGAUGGUCCAAGUAAAAUGAUGACUCACCAGACUUCAGAUGGGUUUGAUUAUAUCCAUGUUGAUGACAUAACAUCCUGCAAUCGCUUGAAAUUUGAAGCGCAGAUCUCAGUGUUAAACCUUGGGGCUAUGGAUGGGAGCCAUGUGAUAAUGUUAUUUGGUCGAGCAUCCAAUUCGAUCAGAGGAGCCCCGCGGAAAACUUUGAUUGAAUUUGCCCGUGUACAUACAAAAGCUUUGAGUGAUCUUCAAGUAAGCAUUGGGGUUGACCCAUGCAAGCAUUUUAGCAUUGUGAAUGAUGAUGGCGUGAAGAUAUUACCCUUGGGAAAUCAUCUUCUUAUGUUGGAAGGUUUGGAGCAUUCUAUAUCCAUUGAAUUGUAACAUGGGACUUGGGGAUUUUCUUGAACUGGUCACUACCUGAUGGGCUGAAGCUUCACACGGCUUAUGAUCAGGACUGGACAUCUCUUCUGUAUCAAUGUAACAUUCAUAGUGAAGCAGACCUAAUUGUUUUCAGUUCAGACUAGACAAAAAGCUGCUGCUUCAUCUUUCUUCUGCUGAAGGCAUAUUUAGCUGCUGACAAGAGGGUAAAGAAAACUGUAAUCCUCAGUCCGAUUGACAUUUCUUUUCCUCAAUUUUCCCAGAAAAUAGUUUCUCAAAUCCUAGUUUCACAAGUUGAGCUCA